UGAGCAGCAGCUCGUGUAACUCCUGAUUAAUGACGUCAGGUGUAAAUCCAUCUCGACGGAUGUUGACUCUCCUCAGGAGGGACGGAGCUGCUAACGUCAAGCAACUUCACGCAGCGGGCUGGCGUCUCAUCUACAACCAGGGUGUGGCAGAUCUCAGGCUUCUCUGGAGGAAUCCUUAAUUUCAGUCACAUCAGGGGGGAAGGUCAACCUGUCGAGUUGUGAGUGGCGCUUACGUGUCCGACCCGUUUGCUAGUUCAGACAUCCGGCCAGUAUGUCCAGCGAUCCUCCCCCUCCGUACCCCGGAGGUCCCAGUGCGCCCCUCAUCCAGGAGAAAAAUGGACAACCUGAAGCGGUAAGGACUGCUCCUCCACAGGGACAACCCCUACCUCCAGACUAUGGUCCACCACCCUAUGAGGCCCCACAGCCAGGCUUCCUACCACCACAUGUCCCUGGGGAAGGGCCCAUGCCAAUGCCCAUGCCUAUGCCUCCACCACCACAAGGUGGCCACUACCCACCACCGCCACCUGGUCACUUUCCUCAACCGAUGCCAGGACAGAUGGGCCCGGGUCCUGGUCACUUUGUCCACAUGGGAGGUCACACAGCGACCGUCCUGGCUCCUCCAGGAGCAGCCACCACUGUGACCGUUCUGCAGGGUGAAAUGUUUCAGACUUCACCAGUGCAGACUGUGUGUCCGCACUGUCAGCAGGCUAUCGUCACCCGCAUCUCCCACGACAUCGGCCUCAUGAACACACUCUUCUGCCUCUUCUGCUUCUUUGUAGGCUGUGAUCUCGGCUGCUGCUUGAUUCCCUGUAUGAUUGACGACCUCAAGGAUGUGACACACACCUGCCCUUACUGUAAGGGCUACAUUUAUACAUACAAGCGUAUAUGCUAACCACGGACAGCUGGAUGCCACAGAGACAAGUACAUGCACACACAUAAACCCACAGUGCCCCCUGCUGGUAGUGACAGGCUUCUCCCCUCCGCACCCCUCUACAUUUUUGCAAAGUGUUGUGUAGCCCUCUUAAAUUGUAAGUGAAGUUUUCUCAUUAGUUCACAGCAUAUUUCCUGUAUAUACGGUUCAGCAUACUUCUCUCAUGCAUUUGAAAUGUACAGUUCUCUGACUUAAGCGCAGUAGGUGAAGGCGCCCCACAGAGGCACAGGUAAAUUUGUGAUGUUUCGCAUGCGGGAAAAAAAGGGAAAAAAACAAAACACAAAACUGCCUCUGUUAGAGAACGCUGUGAAAAUGUCACUUUAUUUGAAUUCAUCUGUGAAUUUUGCUCUAUAGCAAGUGUAUUCAGACAUGGGUUAAUUUUUAUCUUUGAUUUCAGAUAUUUAAUUCAUUAUUUUAACCCUUGUAUGGUGUUCGGGUCUGUGAGACCCGUUUUCAGUUUUUUUCAAAAGAAAAAUUAAACAAUUAAUAAUUUAUUCAACCUGAAAUUCAUUGGCUUUGGCUCAUUUUCUGUGAAGAACAUAAAUCCAAACAAAUUUUCAAUGACUGCAUACUGUAGCUCCCCCCACGCAUUUACAUUACAUACAAGGUGUUCGGGUCCAUUGGACCCAGGUCUAAUAAAAGUAUUGAAAGUGUAGGUCCUGUGUUCUCACACUCUGUUUUCCUCCUUUCUGGUGCUGCUGCUACUGUUUUCUUCUCCUCCCGCUCCCGCACAAAGUUGCCACAUUAUUGAAAAUUCAACUAUCAACACCGUCUGCUCUUACAUUCCCGCACAUUUUACCCUCUUUCUUGAGGGAUCCAAAUUUUAUUUUCUCAUACCCUGUCCCACCUGCAAAUUAGGGGCAUCAUACUAUAAAUAAGACUUUGCCAGUGUGGUUCCUUAUCACAACUGAUCAAGAUGGCCAAAAUAUUAUCUGCUGCAAGGGCCUUAUUGAUUUUGGAAGAGAGAGGAGCUUCUGAUGAUGAUGUCGAGGAAGAGGUUUCAGAAUAUGAGGAUCACAUUUUUGAAAAUUCAGAGUCUGACAGUGACUUUGAAGAAGAGGAUGAGAUUGAGCACCAUUUAGUAACAAAACAAAGAUGAGUACCCCAUCAGCAGCCAGCUCCAGGACCAGAACAAGCCCACCAGACAGCAAGUGAAGAAAUAUGGAUGUAAAAAAAUGGUGAAAUUGAAUGAUCUUCUUGCCCAAGAAAUGAGCCACCCUGCAGAGCUGCUAAUGCGAUAAGGAUGCAACCAGGGCCAACACGGCUGGCAGUUACUCAUGUGCAGGACAUCAAGUCUUCAUUUGAGCUUUUCAUCCCAGA